UUCCACAAGUGGGCAGCGCUCGUUACAGAAGACGCGUCUAGUAGUUUGGUACCCACUACACUACUACAUUAACACUAUAACAUAGUCUAUUGUAACUAACCUGCCGCCGAGACGGCCAAACGACGCUCAUUAGUCGUUCUUCGACGAUCGUCGGUCGAGUGAUAUCAAUGUUUUUUUAUGUUUUAGUUCUUUAAGCGAUUGUGACGGUUUUUGUUUUUUUUUUUCAUUAAAAUAUUGUGUUCUCGUCGUCCGUUUGGCGUUUGAUCGAUUGACGUUGUCGAAUCACGGUAUUCUAUUCCCUACACUUCGUCUACCGCCCGUGCGCGGAGAAACAACCGCCAUUUUCCAAGAUGAAGUAUGUCUACAGCGUUCUCGUUGUGCUAUGCAUAAACCUCGCCUUUUCUCAGAGGACCCCCACAAUAUCUCAUAUAACUCAAAAACCUAUAAAAGAUAUUGGUGGUACAGCGGAGAUGACAUGUUCAGUGUUAUAUGCCAUGGAUUUCCCUGUUUUAUGGGUUAAGGUUGAUAAAGAAAAAAUAACUGAACCUGUUAUGCUUUCAUCUGGAAGUACACUGAUUAUUAAAGAUUCAAGAUUUUCAUUGAGACAAGACAUUGACAGCACUAGUUACACACUACAGAUUAAGGAUAUUCAAGAAACUGAUGCUGGUUAUUAUCGCUGUCAAGUGUUGCUUGGGUUGAACAACAAAAUAUCUGCUGAUGUUGAGCUAGAAGUACGUAGACCUCCUAUCAUUUCUGACAACUCAACUAGAUCAUUAGUUGUAAACGAAGGUCAACCGGUGAAACUUGAAUGUUAUGCUGGUGGAUUCCCUAGUCCAAGAGUUUCCUGGAGACGAGAAAAUAAUGCUAUUUUACCCACAGGCGGUUCAAUUUAUAGAGGUAACAUUUUGAAAAUUCCGGUCAUAACAAAAGAAGAUCGUGGAACCUAUUACUGUGUUGCUGAAAAUGGUGUUGGAAAAGGUGCCAGACGUAAUAUUGCCAUUGAGGUGGAAUUCGCUCCAGUUAUAACUGUACCUAAACCUCGUUUGGGACAAGCUUUACAAUAUGACAUGGAUCUUGAGUGCCACGUUGAGGCUUAUCCUCCACCAGCCAUUAUUUGGAUAAAUAAUGGUAUACAACUGUCUAACAAUCAACAUUAUAGAAUUUCACAUUUUGCUACUGCAGAUGAAUUUACAGACACAACAAUACGUAUCAUCACAAUUGAAAAACGUCAAUAUGGUGAUUACAUUUGUAAAGCAUCAAAUGUAUUAGGAACUGCUGAAGUUACAGUUAAUCUUUAUGAAACAAUAAUACCAGUAUGCCCACCAGCUUGUGGCCAACCAUCUUCACACUUAAGAAGCUCCAGCAUCAAAACUGCUAGUGUUAAUAUUUCUUUCUUGAUUGCUACAUACUUAUAUUUUGUUCACCUAUAUUUUUAAAUAAGUUUUCUACCAAAAAACAAUUCACCAAUACAGUGACGUAACCAAGACGAAUUAAAAACCUAUUCCCUAAGUGCUUGUAUCAUCACAUUUGUUUGAGAAUCUCAUUUUUAACUUAUCUCAUGCCAUGCCACUGUAUGAAUGUAUUAUCAUUACAGCUGUUAGUGCUUUUAUUUUAUACUUUAUUACUGAUUAAUACGUAAAUAUAAUAUACUUAAAAUUAAUAAUAAUUAUUCCGUCCAAGAACAAAUUAUUAAUGUGUAAGCACUAUUGCUUAGCUAUUGUUACAUUCCUAUAAUUUUGUUCACUUUUAUUUUUAGAGUAUUUACUGUCCGUCCAUUAAAUAUAUAUUAUACUUGAUCUUAUAUGUUUACUAUUAUUUAAUGUAUUAUCAUUACAGCUGUUAGUGCUUUUAUUUUAUACUUGAUUACUGAUUAAUACGUAAAUAUAAUAUACUUAAAAUUAAUAAUAAUUAUUCCGUCCAAGAACAAAUUAUUAAUGUGUAAGCACUAUUGCUUAGCUAUUGUCACAUUCCUAUAAUUUUGUUCACUUUUAUUUUUAGAGUAUUUACUGUCCGUCCAUUAAAUAUAUAUUAUACUUGAUCUUAUAUGUUUACUAUUAUUUAAUGUAAUUUUUAUAAAAAAUUUUAUAAAUUAUAAUUAUAUUUAUUUUAAUUAAAUGUACAUGUAUUACUUUAAUUUGUUUAUUGUAGCUCAUUAAGAUAAUGCGGUAAUAUUAUCAAGCACUUGUCAUGUGUAUACUUGGUAUCAACUUAUCUACUAUUAAAAGUUACAAAUAACAAACUAACCUAAUUGUUGUAGACAUGUGUAUAUAUUAUAUAUGCACUACAUUACAGCAUUUGUUGAAUAGAGAUAAUUACAAAACUA